AUGCUAAAACUAAUCAUAAUACAACUACUUCUAGCAAUUGUUUAUGCUUCCUCAGAUUUGAAAGAUAAAUGGGGUUCUUUAUGGCAAUUUCAAGGCAUUGCAACUUUUGCUCACCUUGAUCAAUUUCAAUGUUUAGUUGAACCAAAUAAAGAUUUCGAUAUUGGAAUAAUUGGUGUACCGUUUGACACUGCAGUUUCAUAUAGACCAGGUGCAAGGUUUGGCCCAAGAGCAAUUAGAGAUGCUUCACAACGUCAAUAUAGUUUAAGAGGAUAUAAUCAAAGAGCACACUUUAAUCCAUAUCAAUCAUGGGCUACAAUAAAUGAUUGUGGAGACAUUCCUGUCACUCCUAUGGAUAAUCAUUUGGCUUUUAAACAAAUGGAUUUAGCUUUUGAAGAGUUGCUUUUAUCAAGAAAUUCAGCAAUUGAUUCAAAGUUACCUCCAAGAUUCAUUGCUCUUGGUGGUGAUCAUUCAGUAUUAUUACCACAUAUAAGAGCAUUACAUAAAAUUUAUGGACGUUUGAAUAUUUUACAUUUUGAUGCUCAUUUAGAUACUUGGAGUCCUGAGAAAUAUCCUUCGUAUUGGAGAUCUGACCAAAAUGAUUUGAGUCAUGGUUCAAUGUUGUGGCAAGCAAAUGAAGAAGGAUUAACUACAAAAAACAAUGUUCAUGUUGGUGUUAGAACUAGAUUGACAGAUAUCGGGGAUUAUGAAGAUGAUGAUUCUCAAAAUUGGCUUAGGAUUGAAGCUGAUGAUAUUUGGUUAAAAGGACCACAGUAUGUAGUUGAUAAAAUAUUGGAAACUAUACCGAAAAAUACACCAACAUAUAUUUCGGUUGAUAUCGAUGUACUCGAUCCAGGUAAUGCUCCAGGUACAGGUACUCAUGAAGCUGGUGGAUUUUUACCAAGGGAAUUGAUUCAUUUACUCAGAUCCGUUGAUGAUUUAACCAUUGUUGGAGCUGAUGUUGUUGAAGUUGCACCAGCUUAUGAUAUUUCUGAAAUAACAGCUCUUAAUGCUGCUCAAGUUGUAUUUGAGUUAUUGACAAGUAUGGUUAAAAAAGGCAAACUUAGCAGAGAUUUGAUUAGCAAAGAAGUCAAAGUGUUUUGA